AUGGCAAAAACAGAGGUUAAAGGGUUUCAAAUACUACCUGUAAACAUAGAGGGAACAAAGUCAACGCAUUACAUAUACUUUAAAAAACAUGAUACCCGAACUAAUACAGAUAGUACCAAUAAUACAUCCAUCUUUAUGUGCAACUUACCAAUACUAAGUGACCUGCAAACGAUUAAGAAAUUCUUACAAACUGUUGCUUUAGGGGCAACUAUUGAGAGCUACACCCAAUCAUAUUUGACUGAUAGUACCGAAGACAUAUGGCUAGAUUUAACGAAAUUAACAUCUGACUUGCCGUUAGAUAACACCGAUGAAACUGCUAGCAAAUUACCCAAAAAUUGUGCGAUUGUUACAUUUAUCGACAAGAGCUCCUUUCUGUUGGCUUUCAACUCAUUGAAGAAAUUAUCAUCCAAUGCUUCGGUAUCUACGUGGCCAAUGAAGGAGAUUACAACUUCGUACUUUCUCAAUAUCUACAAACUGAAAGUAUUGGACAAAGAGAAAUUAUCAGAAGAAGUAGCACAAGCAUUGAAGGACUUUGACAAUGCAGAGCAGGAGAGUAUUGAAAACUUGCAAAACCAAGCAAGUUUGGUCGAUGAGGAUGGGUUCCAAUUGGUUGUUGGAUCCCACAGGAAAACAAAGGCAGGUAUACUUGGGAAGCAAAAUUUGGCUUCUACUGUUGAAAGCGAAAAAGCAAAGAGUAAGAUGAAAAAGAAGGAGAAGCAGGAUUUCUAUAGAUUCCAGUUGAGGCAGCGUAAGAAAGAGGAAAUGAACGAGCUCUUGAGUAAGUUCAAAGCUGAUCAAGAGAAGGUGAGGUUGAUGAGGGAAAAGAAGCGUUUCAGGCCGUACUAA